AUGCCCGUCUACUGCAUAACCGGUUCCAACCGCGGCAUCGGCCUGGAGCUGGUCCGUCAGAUCGCCGCGCAGCCCGACACGACCAUCCUAGCCCUGACCCGGACGCUAUCCAACAACCUCUCAGACCUCGAAGCCAUCAAGUCGUCGUCGGGCGCCAAGGUCCACAUCCUCGAGUGCGACAUUGGCAACCCAGACUCCAUCACCAACCUGGCCUCGUCCGUCACCAAGACGCUCGGCUCGGGCGCCAAGAUCGACGUCCUGAUCAACAACUCGGGCGUGCAGCUCUCCAACACGGAGACGAGCCUCUCCUUCGACCCGGCCGACAUGUCCGAGACGUUCCGCAUCAACACCAUCGGGCCCGCGCUGGUCGUGUCGCGCCUGCACGCCGCGUCGGCGCUGUCCACCUCGGCGCGCGUCGUCAACAUCUCCUCGGGCCUGGGUUCCAUAUCCGCCACGCUGUCGGGCGGCGACGACAACCGGUACAUGUUCUCCUACAGCGUGUCCAAGGCCGCGCUGAACAUGCUGACCGCUCAUCAGGCCGGCAGCCUGCGCGCCGUCGGGGGGUUGGCCGACGCAGUGGUGGUCUCGUUGGACCCCGGCUGGGUGCAGACGCGCAUGGGAGGCGGCGGCGCGGACCUGACGCCCGAGGUGAGCGUCCAGGGGAUACUCAAGACGAUAGCUGGGCUGAAGAAGGAGGAUAAUGGGGCGUUUUUUGAGUACAAUGGAAACAGGAGGCAGUGGUGA